UCCCUUCGGUGCGUCUCGGUCCGCCCGCAGCAGCCAGUCUCCUUCUCCGGCGAGCUUUUUCACUACAGAGAUGGCUGCGAAAGUGUGCAGAUCAGUCCUCCUGUUGUCCCGGAGCAGCGGAGCGACGGCCGGCAGCCUGCCCGCACUUGUUGUCUCUUCACAGCGACACCAUCAGCACAUAAGACCGCAGGAGGUACUGUCUGCUCCUUUCAACUGUCAGACUGUCAGGAGAGCACAUGGCCUACGGUCUGCAGCCCACUCCACACUCUUCACCCAGCCUCCCACUGCCCUGCCUGCACAGGUCUGGAGGGGCGCCCCCUCAUGGCAUGGCCAGAGACUGUUGUGUACCUCCGCUGCUCCAGAGGAGGUGACGGUGGUGUAUCAGAACGGGCUGCCGGUGAUCUCAGUCAGUUUGCCGUCCAGGCGAGAGCGCUGCCAGUUCACCCUCAAGCCUCUCAGUGACUGUGUGGGAGUUUUCCUGCAACAGCUCCAGGCAGAGGACCGAGGCAUCGACCGGGUAGCCAUCUACUCCACGGAUGGAGCGAGGGUCGCCUCCUCCACAGGCAUAGACAUCCUGCUGCUAGAUGAUUUCAACCUCGUCAUUAACGACACCACACACCUCGUGCGGCCACCAAGGAGAGAGCUGCUGCCCCACGAGGAGGGGGAAAGGCUGAAUGACGUCAAGUUUCUGGUGCAGCAGCUCUACACCACCCUGCGCAUCGAGGAGCACCAACUCGGCAAGGAACGCGAGCUGAUUGGACGACUGGAGGACCUCAACUCUCAACUCCGCCCCUUAGAGAAGGUGAAGGAGGAGCUGAAUAAGAGGGCAGAGCGGCGUACCACCUGGGUGCUGUGGGGCGGCAUGGCGUACAUGGCCACCCAGUUUGGCAUACUGGCCAGGCUCACCUGGUGGGAGUACUCCUGGGAUAUCAUGGAGCCCGUCACCUACUUUAUCACUUAUGGCACGGCUAUGGCCAUGUACGCCUACUUCGUGCUUACACGCCAGGAGUAUGUUUACCCCGACGCUAGAGACAGACAGUAUCUGCUGUUCUUCCACAAGGGGGUGAAAAGGACACGCUUCGACAUUGAGAAGUACAACCAGCUGAAGGAUGAUAUCGCUGAGGUGGAGUUGGAUCUGAAGCGUCUUCGGGACCCGCUCCAGCUCCAGCUCCCAGUUCAGCAGCUCACCGCCAGUAAAAAUUGAUGGGAAGAGUGACUCCCUCCUCUCUCAGCUCCUGCAACCCCCUCUCCCUCUUCCCUCUUCCGUCCAACACCCUUCUCCCUCCCUUUUUACCCCCAACUCUUUCCUCAGACCCCUCCCUCCCCCAUCCCUCCCACACCCAAUAAUCCCAUCCCUUUCUUGACUGUGGGGGUUAGUUUUUUCUCCUUUUUUUUUUUUCCUCUUUUUUUUUUUCUUUUUACUUUCCUGACUGAAAACUCCAGUUGGAAUUGCAAGUGAAAAACCGCUAAGAGACGAAGAAGGAUGGCGAGAGUACCGGGAACUGAAAAACACUCUCAGCCGAAGGAUGGUGAGGAUGAUGAAUAGGACAACGAUGAUGAAGGAAUAAAACUGGGCACUAUGGAUAUGCCUCAAGUCUCCGGAGGGACGGCCUGCAGGGAACUUCAGGGGGCAAACAGGAAUUAUCACCUCUAGACACUCCAGGACAGAGGACAUGCAGAGGGGCAGUCAUUGUUGAGUGUGUGUGUGUUUGUGUGUGUGGGACUUUCAGGGCACACUGGGACCCUGGCCACUCUGCGGGUCGACACAGCAGUGUAGUCCUGCUUCCUCUAGCAGUCAAACUGUCAACACACACACCUACUCUUGGUUGGGGUGGGCUCCAGAGAGAGUCUCUAUCCCACACGUUAAAGUUUACAAGGAAGUCCCGACUGCAGUCGCACCAUCAGGGGGACCUUCGUCUUCCCUCCCUCCCUUCCUCCCUCCCUCCCUGGGCCACGCCUUCUCCAGGUGACGGACAGCUGUCCCUCCCAGUGUGACCUUUGUCAGGAGCCUGUCUCGACUCGCAGGAUAUAGGCAUGACGACGCCUUCGUUUUCCUCUUCCUGUUGACGUCCUGUAGCGGCCCGGUCUGCGCAAGUAUGAGAGUACUACCGACAACAACAUCACUGUGUGUUCUUUUAUUCCAAAAAAAAAAUAUUUUGGCACUUUUUAUUUUGAAAGCCAUAGUAUAUUUGUUAUGAAAAGAAUAUAAAUAUAUAUAUGUAUACAAUCAAAUAAACAGAUGACCAGAGGCUAGUUUCUUUCAGUGGGGGGAGGAGCUCUCUUACAAACAUCAUUUCAUCAGAAUUUACAUCCUCUGAAGAUCUCCCGCCAUGAAGGACCCUCGCUAACAGUCCAACGCGGGCACACACAAAGAGCAUUAUAAUAAUGUAUGCAUUUAUACCUCGAACUUAACUAUUUCAUAUCGUGUCAUGACAAACACACACAAUGUAUUUCACAGUAACUACGUCCAGAUUGGGCGUAAGGCUCCUGUGCAUGGCCACCCAAAGGGGGCGGAACAACGUUGAAGCCAAAUCAGGGUGAAAAUGGCUUUGAUUGGAAUUGAUUUUGAGCAACGCAGAAUAUCGAUGUGGAUAACGCCAUGCUUGACCUUUAUAAUCAUCUCAUGAAUACAACGAUUGCUGCGAAAAAAAUGCUUAACAUAGUUAAGGGUUUAAAAUGUGCAGUGACCUUUGUCUCAGACAAACCCACAGGCAUGUUAUAAUUUAAUAUAUCUGAUGAACUGAGACGCUUUAAAGAGUAAAUACAGCAGGAGCAGAAUUUGAGCAAAUUGCCUGCAGUUCAAUAUCCCUUUUUCCCAAUAACACAUAUUUUCUCCUUUUCCAAUUCAAAGGUCUUGGAGGUGUAAAAUUACCAUUUCCGGAUUUUCAGUGAUCUGGCCUUCAGCUUAACAGCAUGUGAAUCUUUUAUGAUUCUCCCUCACGAAGCUCAAAGACAAAAUAACAGAAGGCUCCAUCUAAAAAAAGCGUCAUGGCAUUGAUUCACAGAGGCUUCUUUUGAGUUUUCUCCUCCCACUGUUGCUGUAAUGCCCCCCUGCUCCCUCGAUGGAAAGGCAGGGUAGACUGCAUGCUGUGGUAUGCCCUCAGUAGAAAUUUGUGAAUGUGUAGGAGCAUCAUUGCAAUUUUGUACUUAAUUGGACACUUUUCUUUGCCACAUCUAGCUGAAGUCUCAUCCUCCUCCGAUUAGGUUAAAUCAAAGGUUAUAGAAGCCAUAUGUUUACGUUGUCCAUAUUUUGGGAUAAUCACUGAAUAAACCUUUGUCAGCUUUACUUCGUUUUCUGUUCAGGAUUGGAGGCCCUUUCACCGGCCACAUUUACGUCUCCAAAAAGCCAGUUGUUUUUCACUCUGAACUGCUGUAUCUCACCUCUGCAGAGGGGAAGCACGAUGACAUGACGUCGCUGAACAUAGACUCUAGUUAAAAUCCUGCUCGUGUGGACAGUUGGUUGAAUCCCGCUGAAGAGAUCCAUGUGCUGCAGAUUUUCUAUUAAAAUGCAUGAUUUUAGGUCCAAUCAAAAGUUAGCCAUGCAGAUCUCGAGGCAGGAUUUGGUCUAAUCUGUUAUUGUGUGUGUGAGUGUGUGUUUUAUCUCAAAGGGAAAAGGUGCCUUUUGGAUGAUUAAUGAUUUUAAAAGGUAUAGAUAAUGUAGCAGCAUUGAGAAAGUUAAUCUCUUAUUUGGAAUUGACACCUUCAUAUAAAGAAGGGUUAAAUUUAAGUCAUUGGAAGUGGAAAUCAAUCUCGCCGUGUGUCUGUGAACAUGUGCGAUUGUCGAAUCCACGUGUUGACAAGCGAGUGCACUGGGGGCAAAGUACAGAUCACCGUAUUCGUGAAUCCUUUGCCUCUAAUCACUGACUGUCAAUAGUGGUAGAAAUCAAUUCCGCCCUCAUCCCACUUCAUAGCAGUCAUGUGUUACACACACACACGCACACACACAGUGACGACGGUGUUUCCUUGGAGAUGUACUGUGGCAGGUGAGAGUCUCUGUCUGCUGUUUUCUAUACACCACUUCUCUCCAUCAUCACCACCUCCUUUUUAUCACGCCAUCCACCGUUUAUUGCCUUUGUUUUCUCGUUUAUUUUUUAAAACCAAAAUAUAUCAAAUAUAGGGAAACUUUAUUAUAAAGAGGGUGUUGCAUGAAUGUAUGUUUACAUGGGAAAUUAUGUGAAAAUAAAAAAGACGAUUUAUCAAAGCAAAAAAAAAAAAACUGCAAAGAUAAUUUAAGAACGUUGUUUGUAGAGAUUCCUAGUUAUAAAGGGCAGUGGACAGGGCUGCGUCUUUAGAAUCUGCCCUGCCAAAUCUGACUUCAAUCCCAGCCAACCAACUGCUCAAACCUCCAUCAAACCCCACUCCCAUCUUCACCUUAUUUACUCCCAUAAACCUCUCCCUCAGCGUGCAUUUAUACUCCCCAAGAAAUGGAAAAACACCCUUCGUCCUCGGCGCACCUAUAUAUGGAGGAGACCUCUUGACCUCAGUUACUAACGUCCUGGAUUUGAGUCCAAAGGAAACGUGUCGGGAGCACUCUGCUUAUCGGGGAUCACCUCCCAUCCUCGUCCCUCUCUCCUGGCAUUUUCAUCCACCCUCAGCCUUUUUUCUCCAAAGCGACAUUAUUAUUCUAUGUUUUGAAUGUGUGUUCUGUUUAUCAAUAUCUUGUUUGUGUGCACUUACACUGAGAUAUGUUUAAAAUGCCUAAGAGUGAAGCAGAAUAUAGGAUUGAAAUGAUCUUGACUCCAUUCUGACCUCCUUAUUUUAUUUUAGUUUUUCUUGUCUUUUUUUUUUUUCUGUUGACAUAUGAUGCUGUAAUGUUGGCAAAAAAGAAAAAUGUAAAAUCCUGUAUCAUUUAUGAAAUAUGUAUAAAAGAGAAAUGUAAUUCAAUUAUCAAUAAAAUCCUUAUCCAGUUUUUGGA